AUGUUAACAAGACUGUUAGGAUUAGUAGUUACUGUAUACAUCAUUUUGAACAACAUAUCACAUGCGUUUCGAAGUGAAUGCGACUACAGAAGGCUACACGACACCGUCAAGGAUACGAAUCAGACUUAUUAUUUGUAUGUGCUGACUCAGGUAGGUGACGUGUUAUCGUAGUACUGUCAGUAGUAAAAUGUUUUAGUAUUUUUAUUCAUUAUAAUUUCUACUCUAGUUUUUUACAUUUUGUACAGUAACCUUAAAAUGAGAAUCUAAGAAGUUCAUUUCCAGGACUGCCAACUAGUCUUCUCACGAUCAGACCAAUUAGAAGAACUUCAGCGAUAUCUUGAAGUCCAACGUGACCUAACUCACUGUGCUCCAUCUAAAGUGCACUUAAAUCUCCGAGAUGUCUACAGUAAUGGCAAGAUCGGGUUCCAAUUACUUUUCAAAAGAGGACACAACCAACUAUGCCUCUUACCGGUCGAUUUUCCAACUGAAAACGCAAUGGCAGGGUAUUCGGUGUUUAGGUAAGACUACUGUCGUUUUUGAGGCGUUAAUAUGAGAUUACUGUAGUAUUUGGGGUGUUAUAGUGAGUUUUUAAUCAAAGUUGUAGUGUUGUUUGUGCUGUAUAUUAGACCAUAUUGUGUUUGAUACAUAGCGUAAUUACUAGCUUCUUUGGUGUAAGCUCUUGUGUAUGAAUGUGCUCUCCGCUUGUAAAGGCUACCUUUUCCGCUGCUUAAUUCGUUGUUAUUUGAGUUAACAGCAAUUCCAGUUACUCCCUGUUGAACUCCAUGAGUUAUGCCACAUGUUCGUAUAUGACUAACACAACAUUUGCGUUGGAACCAAGUAAGUUUUAUUUUUUUAUUUGAAAUUCAUGGUUGAUACUUUUAGAAGUGUUGUUGUUAAAUUACGAGCGCUUACACAUAUUUACAGAUCUGUCAUUUAUGGAUUCAACCUUCUCAGAUGUCAUCUACUUUGUGGAUCCCAAAGCAGCUGGUACCUUUUGGAGUGUGCGACAGUUUAAAAUCAGUUAUCAGGGCUUUCUACAAGCGAUGGAACCUUUUGUAAUCAAAAAUUUUGCUGAAGGUAAGAUACUACUGUCAAAUGUAAUCUGUCAUGUUUACAAUAUAAUGUUGUAAUUGAUCUCCCCAUUACUUUAAAAUUGAAUAACUUUUGCCUUUAGAAACCGGGUUUUCGAGUCGGAUGGCGGGUGAAUUUUAUGUAAAUUUGGAUACGGAACGAAGUAAAUUGUAUACGGUACACAAGCGUGAUAAAGACAUGGCCAGUACAUGUUCGUAUGAUGUGUUGUUCAGGUUGGUUUUAUAUCUACAAUAUCAUCUUUUUUUAAAUUUUUGGUUUGUGUAAUUAUUGUUAUGGAAAAUUCUAUUUUAAAUAAUAUUGUAUAAUAUCUGGAAAGUGGUACUAAUCUUUAAAUUUGUCAUACAUAAACUCCAUACUUUAGGCCACACAGAGCACGUGUACAUCGUCGACACAUGACACGACAACAUCACCAUUCUCACCAUUUGAGAAUCAAUUCAUUUGCUUCUGAUGUUAACAUCAGUUUGUAUACGGAAAGCGAGCCUCGAGUAAGCUGUAACACAAAUCUCCUUCUCUUUAAUGUUACAAACUUUUACUUUCAAUGUUCUAUAUUAUAUUAUAGUUAGAAUAAUUAAGUGAAAGAACAACGAUUACAGGGAGAGAACCAACACAAAAGUAAAGUGUUUAUGAUCGACAGAAGGAAGAAUAUGUCAGCUACAUGCAUAUUACGACUGCCGUAUCAAGCGACCAUUGGUAUUAUAUCAAAGGAAGUGUUGGACUACUUGAAUAACAUCAAAUUACCAAGGUUUUGUAAGUUUUUUUUAAAUUUAGACAAUAGCCAUAACUAGAUUUUUUUAUACCUGGUAACUAAAAAGUAUUGCUAUUUCUAAAUGACAGUAGUUUUACGUACACAAGUUACUAAUAAUUAUCAUACUGUGCAUAAAAUGAUGUUUUCCUUUCAACUUGAGUAUUAUCAUCCCUUACUUUAGCCGAAAAGAUCAAAGAAAAACAACAAAAAUCUCACAAACCAAUACCGUUAUCAAAAUCAGAAGAAUCUGAAUCCAAAGGCAACGAUGUAACCACAUCUACCGUCCCUAUCUACCAUAAAUUCCUUACCAAGAUAUACUCUACCACCACCAGACGUCCAGUUACGAUAACAACCAAACCACCCCCAAUUACAGUAUACCCCCACAAGACCAAGUUUACUACGGUAAAACACAAGCUAUCUUCUGAAUCUUCUACGGUAAAGUCUACAGAAUCCAGUGGAGAUUCAGUAGAGAAAUCAAGUGAAGAUUCUGAUUCUGUAGACGAAGGAGAUCAACAGCCUCAAUCAAACGGUGAUAAGGAUUCUGGCGCACAGCUACAGAGUAGUGUCUAUGUUAUGAUUACUGCCGCGGUAAUACUCAUGCUUUCCUGA